AUGAUGAGCAGCAGCAGCACCAUCAUGAGCAUCAUCACGAUCAGCAGCAGCAGCAGCACCAUCAUGGGCACCAUUAUGAUCACCAUCAUCAACAGCAGCAGCAGCAGCACCACGAGCAUCACUAUGAUCAGCAACAGCAGCAUCAGCAGCAUUGCAGCAGCAUUGCAGCAGCAGCAGCACUGCCUUGCAGCAGUAGCAGCACUGCAGCACUGCAUUGCAGCAGAAGCAGCAUUGCAGCAGCACUGCAGCAGCAGCACUGCACUGCAGCAGCAGCAGCACUGCCUUGCAGCACUGCAGCAGCAGCAGCAGCAGCAGCAGCAGCAGCAGCAGCAGCAGCAGACCAGGGGGGCAGCAGCAGCAGCAGCAGCAGCGGCAGCAGCAGCGGCAGCAGCAGCGCAGCAGCAGCAGCGGCAGCAGCAGCAGCAGCAGCGCAGCAGCAGCAGCAGCAGCAGCAGCAGCAGGAGGAGGGGUUCUGGUUCUGGCUUGAUGCGGCAGUUCAAGUUGGUGCAGUUCGGGGGAGGUUUAGUGGGGUUGUUGGAUUUGUUGUUGGAAUUAUUUGAAUUCGUUUCUUGA